AGACUGCGGAACAGCUGAGAGCAUAUCAACAUAGCAACAAAACAGACGGUCGCUUUGAAAAAAAAAAAAAAGACUUGAAAAAUAACAUUGGCAUAGACAACCGUGAUAGAAGAACUAUCGAAAAUCAGUGAAAGGGACUUGUCAAACAAAACCAGCUCUGUUUUAAACGAGCGAAUUUAAAUUACAAGAAGAACAAAAAAGCACAAUGGGCCGUAUCUUCCUGGACCACAUUGGAGGCACUCGCCUCUUCUCGUGUGCUAACUGUGACACAAUACUUACCAAUCGCUCUGAGCUUAUCUCCACACGCUUCACAGGAGCAACAGGCCGUGCAUUUCUCUUCAACAAGGUGGUGAACUUGCAGUACAGUGAUGUGCAGGACCGGGUAAUGCUCACAGGGAGGCAUAUGGUGCGUGAUGUCAGUUGUAAAAACUGCAACAGUAAACUGGGCUGGAUCUAUGAGUUUGCCACUGAGGACAGCCAGCGCUACAAAGAAGGCCGUGUCAUCCUAGAGAGGGCACUAGUACGAGAGAGUGAGGGAUUUGAGGAACAUGUGCCGUCUGAUGCCUCUUGAAUCUGUCUCCUCUUUUAACUCUCUCUCUAAAUCUCUCUCUGUUAUGCUGCGUAUCUCAGUCACUGCUGUGUCCGAACAUGAUCUGAACAACGUAUCUGCUUCUCACGAUCCAGUUCGGCCUUGCUUAGAGACUGUUAAUAAACAACAUAAUGAUUCAGCAACCCAUCCAUGGCACUAUAAAGCAACAAACCCAUACCUGCUGCCUCUCUACAGAUCUGUAAAGUAUUAAAUCAAACCAGCUACCCCAUAUGACUCUUCAGUCCAUCAGCCACUGUGUAGAUCAAUAAAGCAAACAAACAACAAAAACUGAUAGCCAGUCAAAUUUUAUUCAGGCAUACUCUUGAAAUUUAGCCUUUGUAGAUAUGGAUCUGAGCAGGUAGCAGUUAGUGAUUAAAGCAGGUAGCAGUUAUCUCUGUGUGGGAUGCAUUUUCUAGUUCAGCAGAAUGCAAUGCCAGUUUUUGCCAAGAUGCUGAUGUCUCUGAUUCUGUUUUUCUCAGAGGCUCUCCUGUUUCAGUCCUCAAAUAUAGAGAAUGACACAAAGGGAAAAUAUGUCGGUGUCGGUGGUCCCUUGCUAUUUUAACACAUUGUUUUCGAAUUGGUGGUUACUAAGGACCCUAUGUUAAUGAUAAGCUCAGUUCAGCACCAUUUUAAUUAGCAUUAUUCUUUUUCUUGUUUUUAGUUGAGUGAGUAUAUAUUAUUUUUUUCUUUUCCUAAGAUGUGAUAGAAAUGUGUUCAUUUGAUUUAAUAAAGUAAAUGGUCUUGCUCAAG